GUUUUCUGAGCAGCAUGAGUUCAAAAAGCCAAAUGAUGACCGUGCUCUUCAACUGAUGACCAAGUGUGCCCAGACAGUGAUGCAAGAAUUAGAGGAUAUUACUAUUGCUUAUGGACAGAGCGAUGAAUAUAGUUUUGUUUUCAAAAAGAAGAGUAGAUGGUUUAAAAGAAGAGCAAGCAAGUUCAUGACUCAUGUAGUCUCCCAGUUUGCCUCAAGUUACGUUUUCUAUUGGAAGGAUUACUUUAAGGACCAGCAACUUCUGUACCCACCAGGAUUUGAUGGACGAAUUGUGUUGUAUCCCACCAAUCAAAAUUUAAAGGACUACCUCAGCUGGAGACAAGCAGAUUGCCAUAUUAAUAAUCUUUAUAAUACAGUGUUUUGGAUGCUUGUACAGCGAAGUGGUUUGACACCAGUGCAAGCACAGGACAGACUCCAG